CUCAAAGCUACGACGCCAUUUCGCACACCCCUUCACUCCAAUCUCACCUCACCGCUUAACGCCUCAAAAUUCCCUUCUCCUUCAUCGCUCAUACCUUCAGAUCUCCGACUGGUGAUGCAGGGUUUUCUUACAUGAUGGUGUAAUAACAGUUGAAGAUGUCGUCUUCUUCGCAUAAUAUUGAGCUGGAGGCAGCUAAGUUUCUGCACAAGCUCAUUCAAGACUCCAAAGAUGAACCUUCAAAGCUAGCCACAAAACUCUAUGUGAUAUUGCAGCACAUGAAAACCAGUGGGAAGGAGCACUCAAUGCCGUAUCAAGUCAUAUCAAGGGCCAUGGAGACUGUCGUCAAUCAGCAUGGUCUUGACAUUGAAGCUUUGACGUCCUCGCGUCUUCCUCCUGCUGGUGGUAGUACCCAAAUGGAAGAUUCUGGGUCUGCACAUAUUGCUGGGUCUUCUCAAGCUGUUGGUGUUAGCAAUGAGUCCAAAGCAAAUCUAGUUGAAAAUGAGAUGUCAAAAUAUGAUGCAUUCACUUCUGGUAGGCAGCUUGGUGGAUCAACCAGUGCAUCACAGGCCGUUUACCAAGGGCCUGGAGCUCGAAGUAAUAGAUCCUUCGAUCAUGAGAGUCCAUCCAGCUUGGAUUCUAAGCCAGGAAAUGCCCAGUCUCACGAUAGGAGUGAGACGAUGAAUCAAAGAGAUGUCAAGUCAAGUGCAAAGAGAAAGAGGGGUGAAUCAUCGUUUUCGUGGGAUCAGAAUAUGGAUAAUUCUCAACAGUUUGAGACUCAUGGGACAGUUGAUGAUCAGACUAGGAAAAUGAGCAAAGUAGAAAUGCCGCCUACAGGUGACGCUGAGAAUUUGCAUGUCGGGUUGUCGUCAGAUGCAUACACAACUCCUCAGGGUGGAUGGCAAAACAGUGAAGUCACAGCAAUCAGGCCUCCAGCUCAUAGGGAUACUGGAAAAUCUGUCGCAGCAGAGGAUUUUCCGCCUUCAGGUCAACUUUUUAAAGAGCAACAAUUGAAGCAGCUCAGAGCCCAGUGCCUUGUGUUCUUAGCUCUCAGAAAUGGAUUGAUGCCAAAGAAACUGCACAUUGAUAUUGCCCUUGGAAAUGCCUUCCCCAAAGAUGAUGGUUUCCGCAGAGAACUUUCGGAUCAGAAAGGAAGAACACAUUCUCUAAGUGAAUCGGGUAGCAUUGUCGAAGUCUCAGCUCCAUCAGCAAGAAUGGAUAAUCCUACCGGAAGAUUGGCCGAAAUGGACUUCUCAUCAAAAGAAACAGUUAUGCCACGAUUGGAGGACAAAAUCUCCAAUGCUAUAUUUCCUGAUGGACAAAAGCUUCUUCUGCAAUCUAACACUCCCGACGCUCCAGCGCAAAAUCAGGUUUCUGGUAGUCAUUCUGAGCUGGCUUCUUCUUCAGGCGGUGUAACCAAACACGCACCAGUAGAGAUGGUGGGGUGGGCCGGAACUAUCAACCGUAAUGACGCCUCAACUUUCACUUUUGAAUCAGACGAAUUAUGUGCUUCAGAUCAAGAGGAAGGUAACAUGCAACCGCCGCCUAAAUACACCAUGUCACAGAAGUGGAUUAUGGAUCGACAGAAUAAGAGACUUUUGGUUGAUCGGAGUUGGGGUCUUAAACAGCAGAAAGCAGACCAGGCAAUUGGUGCACGGUUCAAUGAGUUGAAGGAAUCUGUUACUUCGUCUGAGGAUAUAUCUACAAAGACCAAGAGUGUCAUAGAACUGAAAAAGCUUCAGCUGUUGAAUUUGCAACGUCGUUUGAGGAGUGAGUUUCUUUACAAUUACUUCAAACCUAUUGCAACUGAUGUUGAGAACCUAAAGUCAUAUAAAAAACACAAGCAUGGCCGGAGGAUUAAACAGCUUGAGAAGUAUGAGCAGAAGAUGAAGGAAGAGCGACAGAGGAGAAUUCGUGAGAGGCAGAAGGAGUUCUUUGGGGAGAUAGAAGUUCACAAGGAAAGGCUAGAUGAUUUAUCCAAAGCUAGGAGAGAAAGGUGGAAGGGCUUCAAUAGAUAUGUAAAGGAGUUCCACAAAAGAAAGGAACGUUUUCAUCGUGAAAAGAUCGACAAAAUUCAACGGGAGAAGAUUAAUUUGUUAAAGAUUAAUGAUGUGGAGGGUUAUCUACGUAUGGUGAAGGAUGCGAAGUCAGAUAGAGUAAUGCAACUACUCAAAGAGACAGAGAAGUACCUUCAAAAGCUUGGUUCCAAGUUAAAGGAGGCAAAAUCUUUGGCCAGUCGAUUUGAGAAUGAGGCAGUUGAGGCACCUGUUGAGGAUAUGGUUGAAAAUGAUGAUGAGAGUGACCAGGCAAAGCACUACCUGGAAAGCAAUGAAAAAUACUACUUGAUGGCUCACAGCAUAAAAGAAAGUAUUAACGAGCAGCCAGCUUCCCUAAAGGGUGGAAAAUUAAGGGAGUACCAAAUGAAUGGCCUAAGGUGGCUUCUUUCCCUGUACAACAAUCAUUUAAAUGGAAUUCUAGCUGAUGAGAUGGGUCUCGGGAAAACUGUUCAGGUUAUUUCGUUGAUUUGCUAUCUGAUGGACACAAAAAAUGAUAGAGGUCCCUUCUUGGUUGUUGUACCAUCCUCUGUGCUGCCUGGCUGGGUGUCAGAAAUUAACUUUUGGGCCCCUACAAUUCAGAAAAUAGUCUAUUGUGGCCCCCCGGAGGAGAGGCGCAAGCUCUUCAAGGAGCAAAUUGUUCAUCAGAAGUUCAAUGUGCUUCUGACAACAUAUGAGUAUCUAAUGAACAAGCAUGAUAGGCCUAAAUUAAGCAAGAUCCUUUGGCAUUACAUUAUUAUUGACGAAGGACAUCGCAUAAAGAAUGCAUCUUGCAAAUUAAAUGCGGACCUGAAACACUACAAUAGCUCCCACCGACUCCUGCUAACUGGGACGCCAUUGCAGAAUAACCUGGAAGAAUUGUGGGCUCUGCUUAAUUUCCUGUUGCCUAAUAUAUUCAACUCAUCAGAAGACUUUUCACAGUGGUUUAACAAACCAUUUCAAAGUAAUGGAGACAAUUCUGCUGAAGAGGCGUUGCUAUCAGAAGAGGAGAAUCUCCUGAUUAUCAAUCGUCUUCACCAAGUUCUUCGACCAUUCGUGUUGCGGCGGCUGAAACAUAAGGUUGAGAAUGAACUUCCUGAAAAGAUAGAGAGACUCAUACGGUGCGAGGCCUCUGCAUAUCAGAAGCUGUUGAUGAAGAGGGUUGAGGAUAAUCUGGGCUCAAUUGGAAACAUUAAGUCUCGUGCAGUGCACAACUCAGUGAUGGAGCUUCGGAAUAUUUGCAAUCAUCCAUAUCUCAGCCAACUUCAUACAGAGGAGGUCAAUAGCUUAAUUCCUGAGCAUUAUCUGCCUCCGGUAAUAAGACUUUGUGGGAAGCUUGAGAUGUUGGACCGGCUCUUGCCCAAACUCAAAGCAACAGACCAUCGGGUUCUCUUCUUUUCAACAAUGACGAGGCUUCUUGAUGUUAUGGAGGAUUAUCUCACCUUCAAGGGCUACAAAUACCUUAGGUUAGAUGGGCACACAUCUGGGGGUGAUCGCGGUGCUCUCAUUGACGGAUUCAACAAGCCUGAUUCACCAUAUUUCAUUUUUUUGUUGAGCAUACGGGCUGGUGGAGUAGGAGUUAAUCUUCAAGCUGCUGAUACCGUAAUAAUAUUUGACACCGACUGGAAUCCUCAGGUUGAUCUACAAGCUCAAGCAAGGGCUCACAGGAUUGGGCAGAAAAGAGAUGUUCUGGUUCUUCGUUUUGAAACGGUCAAUACUGUUGAGGAGCAAGUUAGAGCUUCAGCCGAACACAAGCUUGGAGUUGCUAACCAGAGUAUAACUGCUGGCUUCUUCGACAAUAACACAAGCGCUGAAGAUCGUAAAGAAUAUUUGGAAUCCCUGUUACGUGAGUCAAAGAAAGAAGAGGCUGCUCCAGUGUUGGACGAUGAUGCGUUAAAUGAUAUUAUAGCCCGAAGGGAGUCAGAGAUUGAUAUUUUUGAAUCCAUCGACAAUCAAAGAAAAGAAGAUGAGAUGGAAACCUGGAAGAGCCUGGUACAUGGGUCAGGGUCAAAAAGUUCUGCACCCAUACCACCUAUCCCCUCUCGUCUUGUUACUGAGGAUGAUUUAAAACUGCUCUAUGAUUCAAUGAAGAUGAAUAACGUCCCGAUGGUUGCAGUAGAAUCAAAUGUUGGCAUGAAGCGAAAGGGUGGUUCGGUAGGAGGCUUGGAUACUCAGCAAUAUGGAAGAGGCAAACGUGCAAGAGAGGUUCGAUCUUAUGAAGAGCAACUGACAGAGGAGGAGUUUGAAAAGCUGUGUCAGACUGAGUCAACCGAUUCUCCCAGAGGCACGGAAGAAGGAAGUGAGAAGAGCUUGGCAAAUGUUACAUCAAAUAUUCUGGGUGGAAUCACUGGUGAAACGAGUCUGGCAAAUGAUAAAGUAGAUAUUCUGACUGGAAGCAGUGGUGAAAAGAAUUUGGCAAAUGAUAAAGUAGAUAAUCUGCCUGGAAGCACUAGUGACACAGUGCUCCCCACAUCUACGGCAUUGACACCGACUCCACAAUCCGUGGAACCACCACAGAAAUCGCAGCAGCCACUGAAAGAAGUAACAGAACCUGUAAAACGGGGACGUGGCAGGCCAAAAAGAGCUGAUAGAACGCCGAAUCAGUUAUCUGCAUCAGCUUCAGGCAGGACACAUGCAACAGGGGAUGCUAGAUCAUCAUCAGUUAUUGGCUCCGUUGUUGCCUCUGGAAGUCUUACUUCCCCUGAUUUAUCUGUUCCGCCUGGUUUUCAACCACUUCCAGCUUCCAUUUCUCCCCCAACGCCAACGAGAGGUCGGGGCAGGGGAAGAGGCAGGGGACGUGGCGCAGGAAGAGGAAGGAGAGUGGAAAAUAUGUUGCAUGGUGCUGACAGUUCUAUAGGUACUCAGAGAACUAAUGCCCGAGCAUCUCUUUCUGGUGAUCCUGUAUCGUCCAAUUUAGUAACUCUUCCCGUUUCUUUUGUUGAUGUUGAUGCAGUUCCUAAGCCUAUUAAAGGAAGUAGUUCGAAUCUUGAGCCAGGGCCUUCCAUGCAUUCUGAUACUACUGCUGUGCAGCCCUCUCCUGCCAUCUCCCUACAAGAAAGUAGCCUGCAGAGCAUUAGAAACAAACCAGACGUGGCAGCAGAUCUAGAUGCACCGCCUGGUUUUGGUUCUGGAUCACAUGUUCCGCCGCUAAAUGUAUCGGAGGAUUCAUUGGUAAAUAAAGCAGCUGCUAUAAAGAACAAGCCUGCUGUUCCAGAUCUGAGAAAUAACCAGGGCUCAGGAGUUUUAAAACAGCCACUUAAUAUACCAAGCGCUACUAGCUCUACGGCUUUAGGCCCAGCUCAAAGUCACACAACUGCACCUUUAAAUGCUAAUCAGCCAUUGAAUCCGCACCUUGUUGGUUCUACAGUUGAAGCUCAAGGCGCCAGCGUUCUUUCUCCUCCUGCUCCCAUGCCUGUGAAGAGGCAAGGUCGGAAGACGCCAAACAGAGGAGAAACUCCUAGACGGCGAGGAAGGAGACAUGCUCAAGCUUCACCUGCUGCUGAUGGCUCUUCUGCACGGAGUACUAUAUCAACACCACAAAUUGAGGUUAAGGCUGGUGAUUCAUCAGGAUCCAAAAUUACAUCAGUUGGAAACAAGAGUGAUGUUGUUAUCCAAGACCAACCCCAUUUCAACCCGUCAGUUGCACACUCGUCUGCCGGUACAAGUCAGGAAAAAAGAAAAGAAAUAUCAGGUAUUGGUGGCACUGGAAGGAAACCAACUGCUGAUGUGACUGAUGUUGCUCGUGUCAUGAAAGAGAUAUUUUCAGAGACUUCACUGUUGAAGCAUAAAGUUGGGGAGCCUUCUGCAACAACGGUAACAAAUGAACCGGAUGGAAAAUCCCCGGAAAUGAUGAAUAUGCACAUAGCUAAGACCAGCAACGCAGAGGUUAUAAUCCAACCUGCCGAUCAUAACGUGGGAGUAGAAACAAUCAGUUCCAGUGUUUCAGUCGAAACCCAAAUGUCUGAGCCUUCAGUCGUGGUUGAUAAGAUCAUUAAGGCUUCGUCUGAUAUUGAGGCUUCUGUUUCUCACUCUGAUGAUAUAACACCUCAAGGUACUAUGCUCGUUGACUCAAAACGUCCUGUUGGUAGAGAGUUGCUUGAGACGGAACAGAAAGUAGCAAAAACAGCUGAUCCAAACGUACAAAUAGCAGCAUCUGUUCCCAACGUUUCAGAAGAAAACAAAAUUUCUGAUUCAUCUAUGCUGGUCCAUGAAAUUGUAAAACCUUCACCUGGAUCUAAGUCUCCUGCUGAUCAGUAUGAUGAUACACCAGCUCAAGGCACUGUCCCCGUUGAUUCUAAAGGCUCUGUAGACGAGGAUUUGCUUGAGAUAAACAAAGAAAGUCAACCACCGGAGCCUCAGAAUGAUGGUUAUGCGCAGAGCCUCCCAACUCCUAAAGCUGAUUUCUCUGAUGCUACUAAUAAACAGGCAGGGCCAUCUACAUCACCUUCAGUUUCUACUCGAGCAAUGAAGGUGACUGAAAAUGUUGGACUGAUAUCUACUGAUUCCUCGGAAACUGUUCCAGUUUCUUCUGAUUGUGUUGUUGAAGAUUCGAAAAUGCCUUCAGCAUCCAAUGAACAUGGUUCUCCAAAGAAACCGGAGUCACCUGAAACCAGUAAAUCCAGCGGUGCUGAUUUGGAUUGUCGCAUUACUCCUACAAAUUCCUCUGCGAUUGGUGGUGGCAUCAACUUUUCUGGAACUAGUACAGAGGGAGCUCUUCCAGACCAGAUUGUGACUGAAGAGACUUCUUGUGAUGUGAACAGUCCCGGGUCUUCACAUUUUCCGAUCAAUGAGAAAAAUCGGAUCUCAGAUGUUACUCAACCUUUGUCCGGUGGUUCGAUUGGAUUGGUUGCAAACAAGGAUGGUGGCACUGAGUUGUCUGUGGAUGCCAAAAAUGACCUUGUCAAGAUUCCUGGUGUUGAAGCGGAUUCUUCUUUGGCACAACUGUCUUCAGGAGAUGUUUUACCUGAGUCUAUUGCACCGUUGGCAACUACAGAACCUUUGCCAACCGAACAGCAAGAAACAAAUCUAUCUAUUGAAGUUAAGGGUGAAGAAAUCGAUGGUGAUGAAAAAGAAACUACCCCUUUGAUUCCAGUGGAACAGAUGACUGUGCAGGCCACAGUUGAGUCUCAUGAACGUGCGACAAGUUAUGAGGAAUCUCAAGGAUCUCCAAUGAAAAUUGAUGAAAUUUCACAUGGGGAUACUACAAAUCAGACGGGUAAAGAGGUCGAGGCAAAAAGUGAUGAAAUUUCACAUGUGGAUACUACAAAUCAGACGGGUAAAGAGGUCGAGGCAAAAAGUAAACAAGGUGAGAGUCCGGAAGAUCAGGUUUGCAAUGUUGGACCAAGUUCGGCUGCAAUCCAAUUGUCGAUGCCGGACACUGAUGAACUAAAGACCCACACUAGCAUUAAGAACUCUAUAUCACUUGUUCACGAAGAUUAUGGUAGUCCUCUAUCUGAUUCUGCUAAUGCAGAACAAGAUUCUGGAGAAUCUGCGUCGGUUCUAGGAGUUGACAGUUGUAAACUUGGUGGAGAAGCUAGUACCGCUGACACAGAGAUGGUGGAGGCAUCAGUUCAAUUGCCUUUCUCUGCAGAGCAAGUGGGAGGUACAGAGCCUCCUUCGUCUCUACCAGUGAUAGAGGGAGAAAAGACCGAGAACCCAUCGGACGAGAGAAACAUGGUUGAAGCCAGCGGUACAAAUGUUUCUGUUCAGCAAGAGAAUUUGUCCAGGAAUCUAGGUGAAACUGAUGAGCCCACCCAGAUGGGGAAAGUUGGUGAUGCAAGUGACCGAUCUGAAGAUGAUAUGGCCAUUGAUGUCUUGGGGGAAAAAGAAGAAUCAAAAGAUCAGCAAGAGCUUUUGUCUUCAGCAUUAAGUUCAGAGGAAGAGACUAAGGCCGAGAACCCAUCGGACGAGAGAAACAUGAUUGAUGGUGAAGCCAGCGGUAGAAAUGCUUCGGUACAGCCAGAGGAUUUGUCCAGGAGCGUAGUUGAAACUGAGGAGCCUGCACAGAUGGGAGAAUCAAUGGAUCAACGAGAGCAUUUGUCUUCAGCAUUAAGAUCAGAGGAAGAGACUAAGGCCGAGAACCCAUCGGACGAGAAAAAUAUGAUUGAUGGUGAAGCUAGCGGUAUGAAUGCUUCGGUUCAGCCAGAGGAUGUGUCCCGGAAUCUAAUUGAAACUGAGGAGCCUGCACUGAUGGGAAAAGUUGGUGAUGCAAAUGAUCAGUCUGAGAAUGUAGCUAUUAGUGUGGGAGAAAAAGAAGAAGCAAAGGAUCAGCAAGAGCAUUUUUCUAUAGCAUUAAGUUCUGUGGAAGAGAACAAGGCUGAGAAUCCUUCGGAUGAUAUAGACAUGAUUGAUGGUGAAGCCAGCGGUAUAAAUGCUUCGGUUCAGCCAGAGGAUUUGUGCAUGAAUCUAGCUGAAACUGAGGAGCCCACACAGGUAGGGGAAGUUGGUAAUUCAAGCGAGCAGUCUGAAGAUAAGGAAAAAGAAGAAUCAAAUGAUCAAGGAGAGGAUUUGUCUUCAGCAUUAGUUUCAGUGGAAGAGACUAAGGCUGAAAACCCACAGGAAGAGGGAAACAUGAUUGAUGGUGAAGCCAGCGAUAGAAAUGUUUCGGUUCAGCCAGAGGAUUUAUCCAAGAGUCUAGAUGAAACUGAGGAGCCUGCGCAGAUGGGAAAAGUUGGUGAAGAAAAUAUGGCCAUUGAUGUCUUGGAGGAAAAAGAAGAAUCAAAGGAUCAACGGGAGCCUAUGUCUUCAGCAUUAAGUUCAGAGGACAAGGCUGAGAAUCCAUCGGACGACAGAGACAUAACUGAUGCUGAAGCCAGCGGUAUAAAUGUUUCAGUUGAGCCAGAGGAUCUGUCCAGGAAUCUAGUUGAAACUGAGGAGUCCACACCAAUGGGGGGAGUUGGUAAAGCAGGCGACCAGUCUGAAGAUCAUGUGGCCACUGGUGUCUUGGAGGAGACAGAAGAAUCAAAGGAUCAACAAGAGCUUUUGUCUUCAGCAUUAAGUUCUGAGGAAGAGACCAAGGCCGAGAACCCACUGGACGAGGGAAACAAGAUUGAUGCUGAAGCCAGCGGUAUAAAUGUUUCAGUUGAGCCAGAGGAUAUAUCCAUGAAUCUAGUUGAAACUGAGGAGCCCACGCAGAUGGGAAAAAUUGGUGAUGCAGGUGAUCAGUCUGAAGAUAAUGUGGCAACUGGUGUCUUGGCGGAAAAAGAAGAAUCAAAGGAUGAACAAGAGCAUUUAUCGCCCGCCUUAAGUUCAGAGGAAGAGAACAAGGCCGAGAACCCACCGGACGAUAGAGACAUGAUUGAUGGUGAAGCCAGCGGUAUAAAUGUUUCCGUACAGCCAGAGAAUUUGUCCUCAAAUCUAGCUGAAACUGAGGAGGCCACCCAAAUGGGAAAAGUUGGUGAUGCAGGUGACCACUCUGAAGAUAAUGUGGCCCUUGGUGUCUUGGGGGAGAAAGUAGAAUCAAAGGAGCAAGAAGAGCAUUUGUCUUCAGCAUUAAGUUCCGAGAAAGAGAAUGAAGAAAGCUUGCCAACGGAGGAUCCAACAGUUGGUGGUUUAGACGAACCGGAGCCCAAGGGCCCCGUGUCAGAAUCAGCUGACUUGGAUUCAGAGGCACCGCCAGAGUCGGGAAACUCCAUUUCUGCUGAACAACCAGAUUCAUUGGUCUCCGAGGAGAGCAAAUCAGAGGAGUUAAAAGGUGGCGAAGACGUUUAGUUUACUUCCUCUGAAUUAAGUUGUAGAAGGACAAUCUGAUAUCAGUAAAACUCAAAAUAAGUAUUUUUAGUUAUGUGGUGUUAGCCGCUGAUCCAGGUGCUUGUAUCACCUAAGGAGCAUAGUUCCAAACUUCCAAUGCAUGUAAAAACGGCAUAUUAACAACUUAUAUAUCUACCAAUCCAGUCUACUUACCCGCAUCUGCAA